AUGAAGAUUGAUGUGGACGGAUUGGAAGUUUACUUUCCUUAUGAAUUCGUUUAUCCGGAGCAAAUUCUUUACAUGGAAGAGAUCAAGAAAACACUUGAUGCGCAGGGUCAUGGUUUACUUGAAAUGCCUUCGGGUACCGGUAAAACAGUCUCAUUGUUAUCACUGGUCGUGGCAUAUAUGCUCAAAUAUCCGGAUCGUUUGGAUAAAUUGGUGUACUGUUCGAGAACAAUCCCUGAAAUUGAGAAGUGUGUUGAAGAGCUUCGCAAUCUCUUCAAAUACUAUGAAGUGGUUAUUGAGAAACGAGUGAAAUUGCUUGCUUUGGCGGUCUCGGCUCGAAAGAAUCUUUGUAUAAAUGAAUCAGUUGCUAAUUCUCGCAACGGUACCGCAGUAGACGGAGGAUGUCAACGUUUAACGGCAAGUUUCAUGCGCGCGAAACGAAAGCUAGAGCCCGACCUACCGGAAUGUUCGUAUUUUGAGAAAUACGAUGCUCAACGAGACGUCACUCUACCGACUGGAGUAUACAAUUUAUCAGAUUUACGGAAAUGGGGUCGUGAGAAAGGGAUGUGUCCGUAUUUUGUGGCAAGGGCGUGUGCGGAUCGAGCCAAUAUAAUUAUCUACUCUUAUCAUUACAUAUUGGAUCCAAAAAUUGCCGAGCUGGUUUCAAAGAAUUUCAGUCGACGGUCUUGUGUGGUUUUUGAUGAGGCCCAUAAUAUUGAUAAUGUAUGCAUUGAAUCGAUGAGCGUUUCGCUAACCAAAUCAACAGUUGAGAAGGCUUCAAAACGACUCGAUCUUUUGGACGAACAUAUUCAGAGGUUGAAGGAGGAGAAUAGCGAACGUUUACAAGGUGAAUACGAUCGUCUGGUUGAAGGUUUGAGACAAGUGGAACAGGAACGGGCCAACGACCAAAUUCUUUCAAGUCCAGUGUUACCGGAUGCAAUAUUGCAAGAGGCAGUGCCGGGAACCAUUCGAACCGCACAACAUUUCACAAAUUUCAUACGCCGUUUCAUAGAGUACUUGAAGUAUCGAAUGCGUUCCACAUCGGUCAUCAUUGAAAGUCCUGCAGCGUUCCUUUUUGAUGUACAAGAAAAAAUGUUCAUCGAGAGAAGAGCUUUAAGAUUUUGUGCUGAGCGAUUUGCCUCGUUGGCGAGGACACUUGAGUUGGCCGAUAUCUCAGAUUUUGGUUCAUUGGUUUUGGUGUCUAAUUUUGCAACAUUAAUCAGCACUUAUGCUCGAGGUUUCUCACUGAUAAUUGAACCAUUGGACGAGAAGAGUGAUGCGGCACAUAGUUGUACAUUGCAUUUGAGUUGUAUGGAUGCAUCGAUUGCAAUUCGACCGGUCAUGCAACGAUUCCAGACGGUGAUCAUCACUUCAGGGACACUCUCUCCGAUCGAUAUGUAUCCGAAAAUUUUGGAUUUUGAUCCGGCCAUAAUGGCCAGUCUCACGAUGACGCUCGCAAGACCGUGUGUUGCUCCUUUAAUCGUUUCUAAAGGUAAUGACCAAGUGGCGAUUACAUCACGUUUUGAGUCUCGUGACGACGCUGCUGUUAUCCGGAAUUACGGAAACUUGGUUCUGGAAAUGGCGUCGAUCGUUCCCGAUGGUAUGGUUGUGUUCUUUACGAGUUAUUCGUACAUGGAGAAUGUGGUGGCAACGUGGUACGAUCAGCGUAUCAUUGAUGAGCUAAUGAAAUAUAAACUGCUGUUCAUCGAAACAACCGAUGCACUGGAGACGAGUGUUGCACUUGAAAAAUAUGUUGAAGCGUGUGACUCUGGUCGAGGUGCUGUGCUCUUCUCUGUUGCUAGAGGAAAAGUAUCCGAAGGUGUUGAUUUUUCACACCAUCUUGGUCGAGCGGUUAUUAUGCUUGGUAUACCGUAUGUUUAUACAGAAAGUCGUAUAUUGCGCGCUCGUCUCGAGUAUCUUCGUGAGCAAUACGGAAUUAAAGAAAACGAUUUUCUGACGUUCGAUGCAAUGCGACAUGCAGCACAGUGUGUGGGACGUGCGUUACGUGGAAAGACUGAUUAUGGCUUGAUGAUAUUUGCUGAUAAAGAGGCUGGCAUGAUGGCUCGAAGAUGGUUACCGUUGAUGGCACAACCGUUCACGAAGAGCGAUCAGUUGGGUAUAGCGGUGUUGAGAGAAGAUAUGCUUGAUGGUGACCAACCAAUCAGUAAACGAUUCAAUCAUGUACUGCAAGAAAUCGACUGA